GUGUUCUCCUUCCAGUUUAGUUCUGAAAGCGUGGUGUUAAAGUAAAGUACUGGGGGCAUGGAGGAAGACGUGUUCCCGAAGGAGGAGAGCCUCACUGCCGCCUUGAAGCAGUUUGUCAGCUUGGGCAAAGUGCUGCUACAGCAGGCCAAGAAGGAUGCCGAGGUCUCCAUGGAGAACUUUGUCCCAUACAAAAUUGCCACUUUGUUGGGCCUGAUCGCGGCCGGAGCAGACUUCUACAAGAGCAUUGGAGUGAAGAAGAAGAGCGAAGCUGAGGCCACCUGGCAAACGCUGUAUCGCCAUGCAGCAGUGAGGGACCAAGUGGAGGAGCUCCUCCAGCUCCAGAGCGAGUGGGACUCCUUCCUGGAGCAUGUAGAUCGAAGUCUUAAGUCGUCUUGUGCUCCCGUGACAUCAGGAGGACAAACGGUGGACAUCUUUAGCACCGAAACUUUGUUAACUGAUGGACGCAGUGGAAAGAGUGUCACUUUGGAUCAGUACCGUUCCCCGGGUCAGAAGCUUCUGCUGGUCCUCAUCAGGCACUUUGGAUGACUGCCGUGACGCGACCAUGUGGCCGAGCUGGAGGGCAGCAGGGCUGCUCUGGAGGCUCGGUCUGUGAAGGUCGUGGUAGUGUCUUUUGGAGCCCUGGAGGGGGCUCGUUUAUGGUUGCAGCAGACAGAAUGCUCCUUGGACUUAGUGUUGGAUCCACACAGGAAGAUCUACAGGAGCUUUGGACUGAUCUCGUCCUGCGCUAAAGUCAUGAAUUUUGACUCCAUGCUCCGGUAUUCUGAGUACCAAGCAGCAGACAGAGACUUCCCAGAAUUCCCCAUGCACAUGCUGGAGGACAUCUACCAGAUGGGAGGUGACUUUCUGCUUAGCGACACCAACAAAGUCCUCUUGUCCCACCCGAGCAAGUACCCGAUGGACCGACCCACACUCAGCGACAUCCUGCAGACGGCCUCCGGCCCGACCAAGCUAACCGCGCAGGAAGCCAGCGGUAGUGAUGCUCCUUUACACGCUGAUGACGUCCCGCCUCGCACUCACGCUACCGUGAAGAGGUGCGACCGAUGCCAAGCUGUGCGGAGCGUCCGCCCGCUUCUCGCGGUUAGGUCCUUGCUGUGACUUGAACCUGAACGAUUAUGAAAGCCAUAUGAGCAUUUAUUCCAGAUCCUUGAUAUGGAAUACCAUACGUAUAUACAGUUUAUACACUAGUAUGCUCUUUGUCCUCACUAGUAGGACAACUAUGUUACUAGUAAGGCUAAGAUGUGCAGUAGUUAUCUGUGGUCCAAAGUGGCACUCGUAGGGAAACAAAAUGUGACGCGUAAGACAGUUCUACUAGUCCGCCCUAGUCGUUCUACUAGCGGGCUAAAUUGUUUUUUCUAGUGAGGGCAAACAACAAAACAGUACAUGAGCCAGCUGGAUAUUGAAUACAUUUUAAAACUGCUUUCCACAAACAAUACAGUACCACUCUUUCUUGAAUUUGGCGUCGCUGCGUGGCCAUAAAAUGCAAUAGUUUGUAGGACGGGUUGAUCCUUGUAAAGUAAAAAGCUAACAAUAGCAGAAUGAAAAUCAUGUUAACUGUUUACUUUCAAUAAAACUAUGUAUGCAUACAAACAAA